AUGAUCAAUGCCGUUGCACGAACACCGCAGGACCUCAUGGCCAUCCGCUUCUUCCAGGGGUACUUUGAAUCUUGCGUCUUUGCCGGGACUCAGUAUAUCCUGGGUUCUUGGUAUACCAAAAGCGAACUUGGUCAGCGCACCGGGCUGUUCACUGCGAGCGGACUCGCGGGAGGCAUGUUCGGUGGUUUCUUGCAAGCCGCCAUUUACUCUUCAAUGGACGGUUUCCAUGGGCUUCCGGGGUGGAAAUGGCUCUUCUUGAUAUGUGGCAUAAUCACUAUCCCAGUGGCCAUUUAUGGGUAUUUCUUCUUUCCGGAUACGCCCUACACCACCUCUGCCUUCUACCUCAAUGACGACGAGAAGCGCCUGGCACGGCAACGUGUACCCUUGGUCGAGCGCGGCGAACCCAUUCUCACCAAAAGUUUCCUGAAUCGCGUACUUACCUCCUGGCACUUGUACGCCUUCUGUUUCCUAUGGAUUUUGGGCAAUAGCUCGGAGUCCCAGGGAAACCAACAGCUCUUGAAUCUCUACAUGCAGGCACAUCCCGAGCGAGGAUACACCGUUUUCGAAAUGAACAGCUGGCCGGCUGCUGUGCAGGGUGUUGGUAUCGCCAGUACGCUUAUCUGGGCUAUUGGAACAGAUAUAUGGGGCCACCGCUGGGUGUCUGGAUACUAUGUUGGUAUUGUCUGCAUCGCCAAUGCUGUCAUGAUACUCGUCAAGCCGACAACAGUGGCCACGAAGUUCGCGGCGUAUUACUGGGCAGGCUCGAUCUACUGCAUUCAGGCGACGUUCUUUGCGUGGGCUAAUGACUCGAUGAGGGGGCAGCCUCCUGCUUUGCGCUCUUGUGUGAUUGCCUGUAUGAAUUCCGCGGGCAAUUGCUUCCAGGCCUGGUGGCCGCUUAUCUUUUACAGGGCGGAUGAUGCACCGGAUUUUACUAUUGGGAUGUACGCUAUGAUUGCAGUGGGUGCGGCGAUGCUCGUUUGGACGACAGUGCUGGUGUGGACGGACAGGCGCACUGCAGUGCAAGUCAUCGAUGCCGUUGAGGAAGAGUGCCGUCCCAGUGUAGACAGGAAAUCUGGAAAAUGCGACGACAUCAAUCAACGUGCGUGUGAGGUGUGA